AUGGCAAGAGUCCGAAGAGAGCCGGUAGCCACAGCUGUAUGCUCUGAGGCGUCCAAAGAGCGACAGAGCAUCACAGAGGACAAUGGAGAGGACAGCGACGGACCGAGCAUCACUACCGGACGACGACAGCGGGCACGACGUGUGAUAUCUGAUGAAUCAAGUGCUGAAGAUCCAGGCCUUCCACGCAAGACCGUGAGCAAGUCUCCCGUGCUGCAGCCAAAGCCUCGUGUACGCUUGGCGCCACUGCAAUCACUUUCGAGCGCCAGCUCUUUGACCAUCCAAGACGAUCGUGAGGAGAAAGGAAGCCGGACACGACAGAGACCGAAUGGUGUUGGUAACAUCAACUCGAAAGGGCUUUCAUCUCGACCGAAAGUUGUAGAGCAAUCGUUGCCAGUGCCAACACCGCUUGAGCAUGAUGCAGAGGAGACCGAUGUCGAGGAAAGCAUAUGGUGUGGCUCUAAUCACGAGUCUGAAAGCUCGUCUGACGAUGAGCUGCCGAGCCCACGGAAGUGGUUCGUACCCCCAGCGCGAGAUAUAGACCGAACGUCCAAGCCUUCAUCAGAGCGGCCCUUGCCGAAUUUGUCGAAGCAAUUCGAGGCAUUGAGCAUGUUCGACGAUGAGGACAACGCCGCACCUACCAAGAAAGCAUCGAAAACUAGAAGGAAGAGGACUUUCGAUUCCUCGGACAAGGAGAACGAUCAUGCCGCCACCGGGCUUUCGCCGCCACGUCUGUUCAGGCCUACCAAGAAUGACCCCAUCGCGAGACCGUCAACGCCUCCACCGCCGCCAGCAUCUCCCUCGAAGUUGAAGUCGCCUUCCAAAAGGAUCGGAGCGCCCAUCCCAGCACCACCCUUCCGGCCAAGCCUGGAUGCAUUCUGGACAGCGGACACAGUGAAUGACUGGAACGAUCAAUACUCGCCACAGAAGACACUGAAGUCUCCUCGGAAGCUCAAAUUCCAACCUAACGAUGAGCCUGCAUCGCCAACGACAUCACCUGGGAAGCGAAACAGUCCAACGAAGCGAACCAAGGCAGAGCUCGACAUGCGCAAAGACUUCGAAGCACGAAAACAUGCCCUAGCAGAAUCCUUCCUCGCGGAACUUGACCAGACCAUGACAUCCGGUCAGGUCGCAGAACUCUCCAAAUCUACAGGCGGUGUCCAACUAGUCUGGUCGAAAACCCUUAAUUCCACGGCCGGCCGAGCCAACUGGCGCCGCGAAUCGACCAAAAGCAAGUCUCGCGACGGCACAGUCACCACAACCCACAAACACCAUGCCUCAAUCGAGCUUGCCUCAAAGGUCAUUGACGACGAAGAUCGCCUACUGAACGUCAUAGCCCACGAGUUCUGCCACUUAGCAAACUUCAUGGUCUCCGGCAUCAAAGACCAACCUCAUGGCGCGAGCUUCAAGCAAUGGGGCAAGAAGUGCACUCAAGCCUUCGGUGAUCGGGGCGUCGAAGUCACCACGAAGCACACCUAUGAGAUUGAAUACAAGUACAUCUGGCAAUGCGCCGAUGAACUUUGUGCAAUGGAAUUCAAGCGGCAUUCCAAGAGUAUCGACCCGAGCAGACAUAGGUGUGGGAAGUGUAAGGCGGAGUUGGUACAAAUUAAGCCUGUGCCUCGAAAAGCUGCUGCUGGAAAGGGUAGCAAUUCUGGAACACCAACGUUACCUGGUGGAAAGACUCCUACUGCACCGGUGACGGGGUAUGCGGCGUUCGUGAAGGAGCAUUUUGCGAGUAUCAAGAAGGGCAUGCCGCCUGGGACACUGCAUAAGGAGGUCAUGCAAGCGCUGGGGGAGAAGUAUCGUGCUGAGAAGGCGGCGAGGGAAGGCAAGAACGAUUUUGGAACUCUUGCUGAUGCGAUUGCGAAGGAUCUUGAGGCUGUGAAGUUGGGUGGCGGGAAGAAAGAGGAGAUUAUAGAGAUAGAUUGA